UUAAUAAUAUAUUGUGUAUGUUACUUUUUUGACGACAUUGACUAUGUUACACGAUUAUAACAAUGCUCAUGGGUCAUUUUGACCAAACGCAUUAUAGAUAUGUGUUAUAUCGGAUUUCAAUAUAACGUUCUUUGUCUUCUUAUAUAAUAAAUUUACUUACCUUUGCCACAUUUGCAAUAUUGCCAUCGGUUGCAAAAUUAACGGCUUUUAAUUAAAAAACUGAAACAUCUAUUACUCAAUGAAAAGUAUUGUGACAAACGACAAUGCAUACUGUAUGUGAUAAUUUGCGAUAAUUGGCCGACUUUGACUAUAGAUUAACGACUUUUAAGUAGACUUAUAAAAAAGUUAUGACUAUUUCAUAGAUAUGAUAAUUAUAUUCAGCAUAACUAUUCAAUGAUAAUAAAAAUAUUGUAUGGCCUUUCUGGUAUACCAUGAGGCGUUUUUGGUUCACUGAUGCGGACUUUUUGGGAAGCCUUUUUGGUAAACGGCCUUUCUGGUACUAUAUCUUUGAGGGGAGCUAAACACCUAUUUGAUACAUUACAUUUAACACAUUUUAAAUAAAACAUGAUAGCAAUAGAAACAUUUCAUGUAAUUUGGACCGAAAUCUUUGUGAAUAUCUUCCAACGUACCGAUUCGCGUAGCCAGUUUUAUGACGGACUUCGGCGGAGUGACCUCCCUUGAAAUCGGGGGGCGUGGCUUCACUCUCGCUGUCGAAAGGUCAAUUGAUUACAAGCUUUGCUGUGCUUUACACUAUACAGCACAUUGAUUGAGUUUUAUGUGGAGUUAUUUUGUAAUUAGUCGUUGAAAUGGCAGAACACGGCGUUACAGAAGAAACAGAUGUCGCGACCGCGUCCGAUGAAGUAGACAUAUACUGCGAACCGUGUUCCACAGACAGAAAAAAGACAUUUGCUAAUGGAUUUUGUUUACAGUGUGAUGAAUAUUUAUGCGACACGUGCAUCAAGGAUCAUAAAAAAUUUAGUAUAUCGCGUAUGCAUUCAGUUCUUGAUCAAGGCAAGAUGCCUUCUCAACGCCAGAAGAAGCAAAAUUGUUUGGUCGGAUGCAUUGAGCCUUGUAGAAAACAUCAAAACGAAAUAAUAAAAUUCUUCUGCAAACUUCACCAAGUUCUUGUUUGCUCUGUUUGUAUUACACUGGACCAUCGCGACUGUCAGGUAGAGUACAUUCCGGAUGCAUCAACCGACUUCCGAAACAAUGCUGAGUAUUUGGAAUUAAAGAAAGAGGUGGACGAAUCCAUAACAAAUGUGAAAUAUAAGAUGCGUGAUGCUAUACAAGAAUGCAAUCAGAUCGACGAAGCUUAUGCUUUAGGAAUAAAUUUGAUUAAGGACCUUCAAAUAAAAAUGAAUGCAAUGGUUGAAAACAAAGAAAAGGAAUUAUUGGUCAACAUCCAAACACUUAAGCAAGCACACAGCACUAUUAAUGCCUCAAAGAGAACCACGCUAGAUAGUGCACGAUCGCUUUUAGAUGGCAUGAAAAUAUCGCUAAUCGACAAUAAAGCUAGUGAUAUUGAGCUAUUUUCAGCUGUAAAAACGAUUAAAUCACAACUUGAGGGCAUAAACACAGAAGUUACAAAGAUUGAUAAACCUUUAAAAGACAUGACAUUUUCAUUCAAGGACGAGACAGUAUUGAUCGGUCUUUUCCAUUCAUUAGCUGCGUUUGAGAUAACCGAGACAGUCGCGACAAGAUAUCGACGGUGUUAUGGAGAAGAUUGUCUUGUCACUGCAAGUAUAAGUCUGGGAGUGGCUUAUACUACUUUAUCAUUCAUCUUCAAACACGACAACAUCAAGGCGGCAAGUUCGGUACAGCGUUUCGGAAGUUCGGUACAGCGUUUCGAUCGAACAAUCCGUGACAAAGUGCCAGCAACUGUGUUAAUCCAUUCUGAUGGAAGAACUCUUGAAUCAUUUGGCUAUGACGCAGAAGAAAAGUAUUCAGAGUUGGCGGAAAAUGGAACACAGAAUGACUGGUAUUUCUUUGAGCGGUUUUGGAUGGACCUCGAUGAAAGCACGGCGUUCUUAGAGGCGGCAACGUUAAAAGAUAAAUCGGGUAAAGAAAUACCAGUAGUGAAAGUUAUUUCCAUCCUGAUAAAAUGCCUUCUUCAGAGUUUACUAGAUUUUAAAAUUCGAAAUCUAAAGUCUAAAGACAUACAUUUUAUACUGACUGUGCCUGCCAAUUGGAAUACGGAUAUGGAGAACCUACUGAAACUAGCUGUUAAGAAGACUGGCAUUGAGGUUGGACAUCUUAGUAUAAUGCUCGAAUCUGAGGCAGCGGCGGUCUAUUAUCUUCACCCGAAAAGUAUCGUAAAUGAUAUUCAAACUCCAAAUGUUCAAGGAAACCACACGAUUCCCGGGAAAUGGGAGUCUUUCAUCAUCUGUGAUUUUCAAGAGAACAAACUUGCACUGAGCUUGCAUAUGAUGACAAGUGACAUGCAGAUGAAGCAUAUUAUCACUGAGUAUGACAGCACGUUGCGUGUAUCAAACGUGAAUGGGGAGUUUGAAACAUUCAUCGAUACGUUAACUGGCUGUGAAGCAGUGAGUUUCCUCAAGAUGCACCAUAUAGAUGCGUAUAUGGAGUUGAUAGAAGAUUUCAGGAUGAAAUCCCGCAGUUGGAAAAUGUCCGAUCGAUGCACAUUCCGGAUGCCAACAAAAUUACCAGUUUGUGUCAGAGACUUCACUGGGAAAUCUAUUAACGAACAGAUAGAAAACUCAGUAUACAAGAACGGGGUAUCGGUGACAGCCGCCUCGCUGAGAAUCAAACCAAGCGUUUUUGUUUCCCUAUUUGAUCCGUUUAUUACACAGGCAGUCGAUCGGAUUAGGAUAUUCAUUGCCAAGCAUUGCGCAAUAGGGAUUAAACACGUUUUCAUAGUAAGUGAGCUUGCUUUACCCACGCCGCUUCAGCAAGGUGUGAAAACUGCCCUUACAGACAUGCAAGUCUUCAUUUCACCUGAACAUGACACGGCUGUACUUCAAGGAGCUCUCAUUUGGGGACGUGAGUUACGACUGUGAAGUGGCUUAUGGCGGUGUAAGCUACCUUGUAAACAUGACAAUGUUCACCGAAAUACUGCAAGUACAAAACAAUUUGAGUUGAAAAUAAUGCGAAUUUCUACUUCAAACAAAGCAGUAGAUAUGUAUCUGACUAGCAAUAAUGAAUGUUAAUCGUGUAGUUUUGUUUUAAAUCCACAGUUAUGACUUUAAAAACAUGUUUGUUUCACAUUUUGACGUUUUAAUAUUUACUUUAAUAUUAAAAGGACAGUCUGACUAGUUGCUUAGCAUGCUUAAUAUGAUAUACAUUAUGCAUGCCCGUUUUUAGCUUCCAGAGACUUUGGGAUCUUUUUUAAUCCGUCGUUCGACGUGCGAAGUGCGUCGUCAAUCUUUACCUUGUAAAUACUCUAGAGGCCCACAUUUCUUGUCCAAUAAUAAAACUUGGUCAGAACAUAUAUCCCAAUGAUAUCCUGUUCGAGUUUGAAACUGGGUCGCGUGAGGUCGAAAAUAGGUAACUAUGACAGAUAAUAGAAAAAGCUUGUCUAUUCUGCAUGAAACCAUUUGUUCUAAUAAUGUCUCAGUUGAGUAAGAAAAUGGUUCCGGUUCGUCAAAAAACAUUGCCCACAUGAGGCGGUGCAAUUUCCUUAUAUUGCUACAGUGUAACCUUGUGGACUCUCUAGAAGUCACAGUUUGUUCAAUCUUCAUAAAACCUGGUCAGAACAGCUUUUUUAAUGAUAGCUCGGCCGAAUUCGAAAUUGGUUGUUGUUCGUCGAAAACAUGGCCACCAGGGACGGGGCAGGUUUCCUUAUAUGGCUAUAUUAGACCAUUGCGAACACUCUAGAAGUCGCAUUUUUCUCCAAUCCUCCUGUUUCUCGGUCAUUACAUUAAUUCUAAUUAUAUCUCAGCCGAUGUCGAUGGCAAAUUGUCCCUAGAAAAUUAAAUAAAAAUUCAUAAAGUACUUGAUCUUUGUUAACUCCACCUUCUCAGAAUAGUUUUGUUUCGGGUCUCAUGGUUAGCGCCUUAGGGUCCAUAGAAUUUUCGUUUACCUUUAAUACGUACGUUAUAUUAUGUGUACAAAAUACCUUUACCAUAAAUGAGCAAAUCAAAUAUUUGCACUGAACAUUGCUAGAAGUACAUUUCUGGUUUGUAUUUAUUGUAUUCUUACGGUUUAUUUUGUAUUUCCAUUCCGCUGUGGUAUAUAUACAUGUUAGAAAGAAAUUGUUAAAACAGUGUAAAAAUAGGGUAUAAGAUACUUAUUUUUUACACUGUUUUAACAAUUUUUUUUCUCAUAUGUUUACUUAUUUCUAAUUGUUCUUGUAUCCUCAUAGGAUCCAGUGUUUUUGAAAGUAUAUAUUCAAUACACAUUAUUAUUAAGUAUGCGUUAUAAAUAUAACGUUUUUGUUCUUCUGUAUAAUAUAUUUUAUUUGUGGAGUUUAACAAUACGAAUGUUGUUGCUUCAUACCUACAUCUGGAUAAACGAACACCCUUAGUGAAGAUUAGUUAGCGAACUUAAUAUAAGUUGUAUUGUUCUCCACACUCAAUUUCAUUUGACUGAAAAUACUUUGAUUUAAAUUUAUUGAAAAAACAAAUAUGCAUCUGGAACAUUAUUUGAGGAUUAAAUUCGGUAAAUUUUGGUUAUUUAGUGAAUGGAUUGUUUUAUGUACCAUUGACCGUUUCAUAUCUUUUGGUGAAUACAAAUGCCACAGUUGGUGACAUAAGCCUUUUUAGUAAUUUAAAAGUUAUUAGCAUUUCUUAGACGCACGAAGAAUACGUUGAUAACAUAAUAAUUUUUAAUAAACUAUUUUUCUUCUUGUAUGUCAUGAUCAGUUUAUUCAUACUAAAGGUGUUAGUAAUUGAAUUAAUUUACCUUCGUUUAAGUUCAUUUGUCUUAUGCUGUUUGAAACUGCAAUUAAUAAGGACUGAAAACUAUGGGGUCCGUAAGUAAUCAUCUACAAUUACAUUUUUGAAAAAAAAAAUUUGCAACGCCGUUGGGCUUUUUUUUUAUAGCAUGCCUUGUUACUAGUGUUUAUACAUUUCAGAGCCAUGGUUGUGCAAUUGCGUUUGUAAGUUUAUACGCAUGUUCAUUAAAACAUAGCCAUAUUUGCACAUUCAUUUAUAGAAUAGUAUUCUUGUUUUAAUUGUUGUUGAUUUCGCAGUAAUACUACAUCUGUAUUUACCUUGUCCAUAGGUAUGUGCAGGUCGAGGUCAUCCUGCUCCAUACCGUACAUACAUUUUUGUGAUAGUAUGAGUAAACAGUAAACAGUGUUGUAUUCAAUUGUUAGAAUAAAACAUCCUUAUACAUACAUAUACUCUAUACCAUUUACACAUGUUUAAAAAAAGAAAAUAAAGUAUAUUAUAAAAACAUGAAGAGCAAAUGCAAUGUUAGGUUAAGCAUAUGCACAAACUAUUUUCAUUGUGGAAGUAUAUAAGCAUCGGACAAGUGACAAUUUAUUAAGUAUUUUCAAAUGGUUGAUUGUGGAGUUUAUAAAAGAUAAAUAAUAUUCAUAUUAUGAUAUUGGUUCAGCAAACAAACUUACAAUUGCCCAAGACUGUAGUUCUGUUUCAUGACACUUAACAUUGUUUUGGAUUUUAAAAGACAAAGUCAGGCUAAUUGUAAGCCCUUGUAUGGAUGGAAUUAUCUCCUUUUUCCGACAAAGGUAUAUAUAUUUCUUCAAUUCUAUUAAAGAAUAUUUAUAUCAGUCAUAUUACGUUUUGUACUUCCCAAUAUCAUUGUUUUACAACUUAUUUCUGAGUGUUUUUGCACAUUAUGUUCACUUAAAAAUUCAACAACAUAAUUCACGAUUCUCUGUGUAAAACAGCAAUCCCAAAACAGAUGUUUUAUAGUUUCCUCAUUUUCUUUACAAAAAGUACACAUGUUAUCGUUCAAAAUGUUCAUUUUAUACAAUAGAGAUUGAGUUCCUAGGAUUCUAUGUAUUAUUCUUGUUUGAAACCAUUGAGUGUAAGUAUUUUUGGAAAUAUUAAAUACGAGACUAUGUAUUUUUUCCAUUCGAUGUUGUUGAAAAUUUUAUUCCACUUAUUUUGGCAAGUCGGUAUAUCAAAAUUGAUAAUAAAAGUUUUAUAGA